AUGGAGUCAAGUUUUAAAUAAGGAGCCAAUUCAUCGCAACUCUAAAACAAUAAAACUAUCUCCAAAAACCCUCUUUUCUCAAUGGACACUCUAAAUGAUUCCGCUACCUCAUUCAGAAUUAGAAACACCAAUAAUAAAAUUCCAAAUGUGCCUAGAGUUCCUACAGUUUACGGUAUGCCAAAACUAAAAAAUAAGACGUUGCCAAAGCUAGAUAGUUAGCUUGCGCACAUGAUGACUAGUGAGCAGGAAUAAAAGAGUUAGGAUGUAGUCUAAUAACAGUUGAUUAAGCCACUCUAGGGCACAAUGAAACCUAAAAAAGUAAAAAAAUAGAAAGUUCAAGAAUAGCCUUUGAAAAAUGAAGAGGAAAAAUUAUAGUUUAACUUUGAGAAGAAAUGUGAAAUAAAUGAGAAUAGUAUCAGCAUGAAUAAUGAAUUUGACAAAUCUAGAAUAUCGACAGCAAAAUCCACAAUGAGCACUGUCUCUCAAAAAUCAUUAGCUAAUGUUUCCUCUGAAACUAGUUUGUUUAUUGACCCUAAUACAAUUAUCGAUGAGAAUUCUGUGCUAGCUUAAUUGGUGAAGACUAAUGUACAGCUUUUGUAGAAAUGUCUUCUUCUCAAGAAGAAGCAAGAUUUAGCAGCAAAAGAGCGAAUACAAGAUCUAAAAGAUAUCUUAAUUCAAAAUGGUGGAGAAGAAGCGCAAGAAAUACUUAAUAAGAUUAACUUAAAGUGA